CUUUGAACCCACCUGCCCUGGAGCCAGCUAAAGGAGGAAGGGAGAGAUGGACAUUCGCCUCCUCAAGCGAUGCCUUAUUUGCCAGAUCACCUUUCUCUGAUCGCUUGAAUCUUGCCCUCACUGGCUGUGGCUGUGCUGUAGGCCGGCAGCUGUAGCACCGAUUCGACCCCUAGCCUGGGAAAUUCCAUAUACUGCAGAGUGAACCAUUUGUGUGACCUCCACUCCGAAGAACAAAUGGGACCUGACCAGCUCCUGUGUCCUUGGCCUUCACGCCUCUCCUCCCCACAGCUCAACCCAGCUCAGCUCUGCUUUGAACUUUAUCAAAAUUAACAGCUCUCUAUGCCACAUUCUGGAGUCCUGCUGUGAGACAAGUCACCCUGUGACUCCGCGCCAGCAGCCUGGGAAUCUACCUGGUCGUCCAGUUUGGAUCCUGUCUGGGGACGGCUGCUGCCCCGACCGGCCAGAGGGCAUCAGUGUGGGUCUGAGCGGCUCGCCACACCCUUUCCUUUUCCUCGGGGAGGGGCUGGAGGAGAAGAUGGUAUAGACGUUGUGCCAGCACCCAGGCCCCCAGCUUAACUGAUGCUGAAAACCCACCUAUACUGGAGAGAAACAGAGAAAACUCGGCCUACAUUGGAGAGAAACUAGAGACAGGGAGUGGAAGACGGUGCCUGAGACGCAAAUAGAGGGACAUCAAGGAGACACUCAGAAAAACAAGAGGUCUUCCUGCAAACGGUGUCCACGUUGCUGGCCUGCUUGGAAAGCUCCACAUCUGGGUUUCCUGGCGCGCUUUCUCUCAGCAUCUUCCCUGGAUUCGUUUCUCCCCGCCCGCCCGCCCCCCACGCUGAGCGACAGAAAAGGGUGGGGCCGCGUCCCUGCAGCAGAGACGGCGGCGGCGGCAGCUGCAGCAUCACUGGGAGCAGCGGCGGCGGCAGCAAUGCUCUGUCUCCUCGAGAGGUGAUCGCCUCCGAGCCCUGCUAGGUGGCCAGCUGCGACAGGACGCCGGCUGAAAGAAGAGAGAGCCUUGUCCGCAGCAACUGCGGCCACACUACUCGGCCCUUUCUCUGCGCCAUGGCUUAAACCCGCAGCCACUUCGCCUCGCGUAGCCUCGCCUGGCUGGGGUCUGCGCGCCGCCGCAGCCGCAGGGAGGGGCGAAUCCCAGACGCCCUCGCCGGGAGACCCGGGACGCGGUGUCUCACGCUGCGGUGCCCGCAGCAGACCGCGCUCCAGUGACCUUUGCGGUGGCUCCUGAAGGCGUUUACAGCUGGGAAUCCAGGGACUUUACAGACUUUAUCUCAGCGAUAGCGCUGCCCGCCCGACCUUCCCGGGUGCUCCCUGAAGGAGGAGGACGCGGUAGCUCAGGCUACCAAGGAAAACACGGUGGGAAUCAGAUUGGCCGCUCGAGGGCCAGGGAACUGGGGGAGAUUAGGGACUUGCUUUAGAAUCUAGCAAGAAGAGGGAGGGCCAGUUCUGCAGCGAGCAUCAUGGCGUGGCCGUGCAUCACGCGUGCCUGCUGCAUCGCCCGCUUCUGGAACCAGCUGGACAAGGCGGACAUAGCUGUGCCGCUGGUUUUCACCAAGUACUCGGAGGCCACCGAGCACCCCGGCGCCCCGCCGCCGCUCCAGCAGCCGGCGCAGCCGGCGCCCGCGCCCCCCUCGGCGCGCGCGGUCGCCAUAGAAACGCAGCCGGCCCAGGGCGACGGGGAUGCGGUUGCCCGGGCAACAGGGCCUGCGCCGGGGCCUAGCGGCGAACGCGAGACCGGGGCAGCCUUCGGCCGGAGCGGGCCAAGCCAGGGCUCUGGUUCCGGCUCCACCUCCAGUGCAGGCCCUGCGGACUCAGUGAUGCGGCAGGACUACCGCGCCUGGAAGGUGCAACGGCCCGAGCCGAGCUGCCGUCCGCGCAGCGAGUACCAGCCCUCAGACGCACCCUUUGAGCGCGAGACCCAGUACCAGAAGGACUUCCGCGCCUGGCCGCUGCCGCGCCGCGGGGACCACCCGUGGAUCCCCAAGCCCGUGCAGAUUGCCACGUCCUCCCAGGCGGCGGCGCCGGUGCUCGGGGCGCCCCAGCGCCGGCCGCAGAGCCAGGAGCGCUGGCCUGUGCAGGCCGCCGCCGAGGCCUCGGAGCAAGAGGCUGCCCCUGGUGGAGCAGGUGGCCUUGCGGCUGGAAAGGCGUCCGGUGGGGACGAGCGCGACACACGCAGAAAGCCCGGGCCCGCCUGGAUGGUGCGUCGCGCCGAGGCGCUGGGGCAGGAGCCGUCGCCGUUGCCCUUAGCCCAGGCCCUGGUCCCAGCCGCGGGCCCGGAGGUGGGCAAGGGGCGUGCGGCGGCCGACGCCCUCAACAGGCAAAUCCGCGAGGAGGUGGCGAGUGCAGUGGGGAGCUCCUACAGGAAUGAAUUCAGAGCAUACGACAUCAAGCCGGUGAAACCCAUAAAAGCCAAGCCCCAGUACAAGCCCCCGGAUGAUAAGAUGGCUCACGAGACCAGCUACAGUGCCCAGUACAAAGGGGAGGCCAAUAAGCCAACUCCAGCUGACAACAAGGUCAUUGAUCGCAGAAGAAUACGCAGCCUCUACAGCGAACCCUUCAAGGAGCCCCCAAAGGUGGAAAAACCCAGUGCCCCGAGUUCCAAACCAAAAAAGACCUCCGCGAGCCAUAAGGCCCCGAGGAAGGCCAAGGACAAGCAGGUGGCGUCGGGCCGGGCCUCCAAGAAAAAGAGCGCGGAGGGCGCCAGCGCCACCCCGCCUGCCGACAAGGAGCAGAGCGCGGAGAUGAACAAUAAGCUGGCGGAAGCGAAAGAGAGCCAGGGGGAGCCCACCAGGGAUUCACGUAAGAUUCAAGGUCCUGUGGCCACAGAGCCAGGCAAGGAUCAAGGUCCCCUGGGCUCGGGGCCUCCUAAAGCUCAAGGUCCUGUGAUCCAAGAGCCUUCAAAGGGCCAAGGCCCCUCGGUCCCAGAGCCUCUAAAGGAUCUAGGUCCCAAGGCCCCUGUGCCAGUUAGGGAUGAAGACCACGUGGUCCCUGAGCCUUUAAAGAAUGAAGGUUCUGUGAUCUCAGCACCAGUCAAGGACCCAGAUUCCUUGGUCCCAGUGCCUCUAAAGAAUCAAAGUCCUAUGGCUCCAGCAACAGUUAAAGAGCAAAGUUUCGUGGUACCAGCGCUUCUGAAGGAUAAGGACUCUGUGGCCCCAGCACCCAUCCAGGAUCAAGGCUCUGAGGCCCAGGCACCUGACAAGCAUCAAGGCCCUGUGGCCCCAGUACACACCCAGGAUCAAGGCCCUGCCGUCCAGGCACCUGUCAGGGAUCAAGGCUCUGAGGCCCAGGCACCUGUCAAGGAUCAAGGCUCUGAGGCCCCAGUACACACCCAGGAUCAAGGCCCUGCGGUCCAGGCACCUGUCAGGGAUCAAGGCCCCGUGGUCCCAGAGCAUCUGAAGGAUCAAAGCGCCAUGGUCACAGCACCUAUGAAGAAUGAAGGUCCUGUACGCUCUGAAUCUGUAAAGAAUCAAGGUCUGGUGAUCCCAGAGCCAGUCAAGGAUCGAGGUGGGGGCAUCCCAGAGCUGCCGAAGGAUCACAGCUCUGUGGUAGCAGCGCCUGUAAAGAAUCAAGGGCCUGUGGUCCCAGCCCUAGUCAGAGAUCAAGGCCCCGUGAUCCCAGAGCCGCCUCAGAUUCAAGGUCCUGUGGUCCCUGAGCCUGCGAAGACUCCCGUUCCUACAAUCCCAGUGCCUCUGAAAGAUCAAGCUCCUCUGGUACCAUCCUCGGCAAAGGACCAGGGGCCUGUGGUCCCUGAACCUCUGAAGACUCAAGGUCCCAAGGGCCCUCAGCCCCCCCCAGUCAUGAUCCCAACUGUCCCCCACGCAGAAUAUGUUGAGAGUUCCCCUUGACACUCACCCCUUGACAUGCCAAAGAAGGAGCUGGCCGUGAAGGUGCUCCCCCAGGGGCAGCGAAGACACAUAUUUAAUCUGCAUGAAACACGUCUUGUAGAGUCUUGCUGGAAUCGAAUAAAACUGGUCCCUCUGGCUCA